CCACAUCGUGAGAAAAAGCCAUAAAAUCAGAACCCUAUAAAACCUCGCACGUCGCGGCCCUUCCCUAAUCCCUAACCACCAUACUCUACUAACUUUUGGUAAGACCAUUAGUGGGCUGAGAAACUUUCAAGUUCCUCCCCAAUUUAAAUGUUGUAUUUGAAUCAUGAAUCGUAUUUCGAGUCGUUUGGUACCGUCUUGGAGAGAAAAUUGCUCUAGAACCUAGUCCUCUUUCUGUUCCAUUUGAACUAGUCAUCCGUGGCCUCCAGGCCUUCCAAUCAAGUGAAAACUAGCCCUAGCGAAAUCUCGUUAGCCAUGGAUACUCUCUCGACUCGUGGUCAUGAAAUCAAGGAUUUUAAAAAUGUGUUAGCUUGUGCCUUUAAUCAGCAAAUGAAGAGAGCUUACGAUGCGAAACGAAACCCUACGGGUAUCAUAAACUUGGGAACAUCCGAAAAUAAAUUGAUGUUUGAUGUAAUAGAGGAGAAGCUGCAGAGUCUUCCCGCUGUUCCUGAGUCGUUAACUCACUACGGUAGUUUUCAUGGGGUUCCAGGGCUGAAAAAGGCUAUUGCCAAAAUGCUGGAGCAUUUUAUGAAACCAAUAGAACCAAUCAAAGAUUGUAAUAUAAUUGUUUUUAAUGGGUGUGGUCCUGUCGUGGAAGCUCUUGGGAUGUUGCUGGCAGAAAGAGGAGAUGCAUUUAUGACCACAGCUCCUUACUAUGGGGCCUUCAAGGAUGAUCUGUGCCGAAGAGGUGGCGUGGAUAUAGUGCCGGUGUACCUCUCUAAUGAGAUUGCAAAUGAUGAGAGCAAGCCCUAUGAGCUGUCAAUGUCCAAAAUGGAGUCUGCAUACCAGCAAGCCUGUAAAGAGGGCAAAAGGGUCCGUGCUUUUAUCUUAUGUAACCCAUACAACCCUGUUGGCAGCAUAUUCAGUGAGAAGGAAGUCAGGGAUUGUCUCAGCUUUGCUCACAAGCACUCACUUCAUGUUAUCGUAGAUGAGAUUUACCUACUGUCUGUUUACAAGGAAGGUCACAAGAUGCCCAAUGUCCUCAGUCUUCAAGGGAUUCCUGACCCAGAACGGACGCAUGUGGUUUGGGGAUUCAGCAAGGAUAUGUGCGUUUCUGGAUUUCGAGCUGGCGCUAUCUACACCGUCAAUAAAGACUUGUGUGGCGCGUUGAAAUCCAUGGCGUAUCUACAAAGCACAUCCCUCCUUACUCAACAUUAUUUGGAGCAUAUGAUUUCAGAUUUAGACUGGCUAGAUCACGUGUUCCUACCAACCAAUCAGCGGCGCCUACAAGAGUGCAGCAAUAUCGUUUGUGAUGCGCUGCGAUCCGUAGAUGUCCCGUAUGUUGAUGGCAUAGCGGGACUCUUCAUAUGGGCAGACUUCAGGAAACUUCUCUUGUCUCCCACGUUUGAAGAAGAAUGGGAAAUAUUCAACGAAUUCAUGAAUUACAAGCUGUACAUCACGCCAGGGCAGGCUUUUUACUACAAUGAGCCAGGCUGGUUUAGAAUCAUAUUCGCAACUAGGCCGUCUAUAUUACAACUUGGUAUGGAACGGCUGAAAUCCUGUGUUAAUCACCUUAGGCAAAGGGCUGAUCUCCAAAAAUUGUCGAUCGCCUAGGCUGGAGGUAGACCACGCAUGUACCGGUGGGCUCUAAGUGUCGAUCGCCUAGGCUGGAGGUAGACCAUGCAUGUACCGAUGGGCUCUAAGUGUCGAUCGCCUAGGCUGGAGGUAGACCAUGCAUGUACCGAUGGGCUCUUGAUAAAAUAUUGGAUCAAAUAUACUGUUUUUUUUUUUCAAUGUUAA